ACCAGAAAAGUUUGUUCGAGGCGACAAACAUGACUGGGGCGAAGCAUUUUCUCAAUGCUACGCUUCCUGACGUGGAUAGGGUUCAGGCGAAGAACGAGGUGGCUAGCCACGCGGGGUAUACCGUGGUGAGGCACGCCCUAGAGAGUGCGAGCUGGACAAACGCUCUAGCGCAGGAGUACAUGGAGAGCGUUAGAGAUCGUGCCAGCUUGCAGAGGCAGUGCGAUGCCUUGCGAAAGGAGAAGGAGGAGCUCCAGAAGGAAAAGGGGGAGUUGCAGAAGAAAAACCAGCAGAUUCAGAGGAGGCUGGACGAGAUGACACCAACAGUGACGGAGCUCCAGAGUAGUAACAAUGUCUUGAGCACGAAACUCUCUCUUGAGGAACGAAAACGAAAACGAAAAAUUUGCGAAGAGAAGCUCGAGGCUCAAGACAAAUACAUCGAGAGCCUGAAAAAGGGGGCAUUGGAGCUGAAGAAGGACGUGGAGCUGUUGGUGCACAACGGAAUGGAAGGACAUAUUGGCAACUUCCUCAACUCCAGCACCUUCGAGGACAUUCUCAAGCUGUACCGGCUGCCAACCGCAAUCGUGGCCUUCACCGACUGUAGAAAGAAAGCGAAGGCCCAGUACCCAGAGGUGGACGUGACAACAGUCACCUUUGGGGAACAAGAAGAAGGGGUGGAGGAAGAUGGAGAGAGCCUCUGUGCUGAUUUCCGACCUCAAAUUACGCUGAGGUGGGAGCGUGAUGCAGAGGGGCGCACCAUCUUUCCUCCAUCCUUUGACGCUGAGUUGGUGGCCGUGGAGGGAGAAGAAGAAGGAGAAGAAGAAGAAGGUGCACAAGGCGCUGGAGUUGAGGAUCCACCAGCAAUGGCCGAAGUGCAGCCUCCCGAAGUGCAUCCUGUCUCGUCUGACGAAGUGCAGACGCUGGCCCCUGGUGAAUCAGAAGUGCCACCCCUCCCUGCUGGAGACGAGCCUAUAUCACCACCUCUUCCUGUUGAGGAGCAGCCUCCUCCUCGAGCAGAGUAGUUUAGGUUUUUAAAUUUUUAGUCAUAUUUGUAAAUAACAUUGUUGAGUUUUUAUAUAAUUUUUUAUUCUUGGUCUUCAGCUUUGAUUUUGAAUUGCUGGUUUAGUUUAAGUGAAUGACUUCGGAAAAAAGUAAGUUUAUUUAA